AUGUCAGCAGGCUAGGUAGGCAGCCUCCGCCGGAGGGCACGGCGCUCGGUUCUGUGUCCGGGGGUCGGGGCUGGAGUGUGGCACUGCCGCCGGAAAGCCUGCGGAGGUCUGGGUUGUGCAGCCGAGCAGGACAAGGUGUACCUUUCUAGAGCCACCCUUUGCAAUCUUGAACCUCAAGAAAAGAUGUGGAGUGGGCUGCUGCCUCCUGGUCUAAAUGAAAGUGAUGUUGAGUCAGAUUCUGAAGAUGAAGCCACAUUAGAGAACUCUGGACUUAACUUACCAGAAGAUAAAGAGGAUGGGACCAUUAGAAAAACAGAAAUGUCAGAUUUCCCAACAGAUGGACCAAAAACUGAAACAGCGGCAAAUGUAAAUGCAUAUGAAGAGUGUCCUUCUGGAAUUCCCUUAAAUAUGUGGAAUAAAUUUCAAGAAUUGCAUAAAAAACAUUCUGAACAGAAAACCUCAGCCUCAAGAUGCAGAAGGAAGAAAAGAAAACGCUCCAGAAAAGGUAAAUUGAAGAGUGAAAAAGAAUUUCACAGUGAACAGUCCUCAAAUGAAACCCAGUGGAAGGAGCUUACUCAGUAUUUUGGAGUCAAUGAUAGAUUUGAACCCCCUGUUAAAAAGAAAAAAGUUGACAAGUCAGGUCUUGAAAAGAGGAUAGAUCAGGCUGUGGAGGAGUGGAACAUUGAGAAGGCCGAGGAGCUCAGCAACCAGCUAGCUACUCGAGAGCUUGGUGUAAAAAUUGCCAAAGCAGUUGCCUGCCACAAUUUUGUAAAGGCCAAAAAGGAGGCUGAAAAUUCACAGGCUGCUCGAAAAAAGAAGAAACUCGCAUGGGGGUUUGAAGCAAAGAAGAGAUGGGAAACCAAAAGCAACAUGGGAUAUAUGUAACUUGCCAGAGUUCUUCAGGACAUUUGUAGACUCAAGCACUCAAUUUAUUGAAAAGAUUUUUUUUCUUAUGUUAAAUAUGUCAGGAAAUGGAUAAAAGUAGAAAAAAUAAGCAUAAAAUCUGGGAAUUAUUAUCAGCUCUUCUCAAUCUUUCUCUAAGGAGUUCAUCUUAUUGAAGUGAAUGAAAUGAAGCCUUCUGUUAUUUGUGUAAGAAGUCUGAGCUUAUGUGUGGGAAAAAAGGAUAGGGCUUAAUUUAGUUAGUUAGUUUUAUAGAUGUACAGUAUAAAAUCAAUUUUGCUUUUUCAUUCCAUUUGGUGUAGCAUAGCCAGUGAGCUCCUUGUACAAAGUACUUAUCUGUACUGGGUAUAACUGCACUUCUGCUUACUGGAAUUGUGUUUUUAAGAUUGGCAUUUGUUUAUAAUGGAUUAGUCAUCAGUGCAAAAAAGUCUCAGUUGAUACUGUCUUUACAAAUGACUUGAAUUGCCUUCAUGUUACAAAAGUAAUUAUCGAUUCUUUAUUGGGUGCAGUAGAAUUGAUAUUUCAGUCACCUAAUAAAAGCAGCUGAUGAUUUUUGUGUACCUUCACAUAAAAUAUUAUAAUAAAAAAGACAGAAUAUAGUAUUUGGAAGAUGAUUUAAAUUCAGCUCUGCCUAGAAUUGUCUUCCUAAAUGUCUCUCUCGGCCAUGUCAUUCUUUAAAUUAUGAGAUGGUUCUUUGAAGAGAAAAUAGUGUAAUUGUGUUAAACAGACAGUUAUAACUCAAGAUAUUGUAAUUUUGAACCUUCUAAGAACCGAUUUGUUUGUUUUUACUGCUCUUCCCCAUUACUCCUUUAAAGAUUGAAUGAGUUAAUGAGGAUAAAGAGAGGAUUGGUACCACAGGGAGUAGUUUUCACUAGAUGUGUGUUUCAUGCUGGUGACCAAGACUGCAGUGGGGUGGUUGGCACCUCCCCCUCGGUGCCCAGAGAGGUGAGGAGCUGCCAACUGUGGUUUUCGCCAGUUCUUGUCCUUCCCCCAGCCUUUGUCACAGGUUUUCUAGCUGUCUGGUAGAAACUUUCUCUGGUUUGAUAAUACAAAUUCAGGAACAUAUAAAAUGAGUUGUGAUUAUAAUUAUAUUAUUACGUUAUUUUUAGGUUUAAAAUAGUAACAAAAUUUUAUUAAGUUAUGGUGGUACAAUUAAGUUUUUACUAUGUUCUGGAAUAAAUGAAUAACUAGUUGCUACUUAAGAGUACAAAAACCAUAUCUUUCAUUUAGUUGAGAAAAUUCAGUGUAGAGAAAGCAAAAUUUUAGGAGACUGCAUAGCUAUUAAUUCAUUAUGAAAAGGUAUCCAGACGAAAUAUUGGCAAAUCUUAUAUUUUAUAAUUUAAAAUCCCCUAUUCUGUUUUAUAGAUAUAAUCGUUCACUGCUUACCUACAACAUCCCAUUUCAAACUGCCAAUAGGUGAAUACAAACUUUGUAUAGUAUAGGAAUCUUUCCUAUAAAAAUCCAUUGUGGGGGAAAUAUCCACUUCACAAUCCAAUGGUUUUUGUCUGAGACAUUAAAAAUGUUUUGAGCAGGCAGGUGAUGUCGAUAUACUCACGCAUAGGGCCGAGUCAGGCAUUUCCACUCCUUAGAGCAUUUCGUGAUCCCUGCAGGCAUGUUUUUCACUACUCAUGCUGAGGCCUUGCCAGAGAGGCCUCCUUUAGGGUCUGAUUUGGGAACCUCUAACCCAAAGUUCAGCUGCUGAGGCCUUCCUCAGCCCCCUCAUUGCCCUGCUCAGGGUUCUCAUGUAGGUGGGAGCAUUUUAAAUGAGUGGAAGGCAUAGUGGCAGGAUCAGACGUAGUGUGGGACUCAUUUGAUAAGGGAAGCCACAUCUCAUAAGGCCUCACUCUUUCAGGGACAUGGGUUGUGAAAAGCUCCAAAACAUGUUACUGCGGAGGAGGGAGUGAGAGGGAAAGAUUUGGGGGAGAGGAAGGGACAGAUAUUCCUGAGUUGUUCCUGCUGGUAUGUCAUUUGGGACCAGUUUUGUUUGAUCAGCUUAAAUACAUAUUAGACAUGUUACUCAUUGAAGCAAUAAAAUGGGAACAUUAUUCCUAGACUA